AUGAAUCAUAAAAAAGUUUCGAGACACGAAACUUACCCAUAUUGUUUCAACGCAACCUCAACUUUGCAGCCAUACCUGGAAUAGGAACUUUCUCAUUGCGAAGUGUAUCUAUCAUUUCAUUGAAUUCCAAUCAUGGGAACCACACGUAAUACAAACAGCGAGGAUCCAAUCAGCACGGUGAGCGAGCAGGUGGACCAUAAGGAAAGUCGAUCCAAGACCAUCCCACCCAAUCGAGCCGUGAAACAAUCUUCAUUCGAUCGAGAGAAUGAAGCCACCAACCAGCAACUCAAAGUCCGGGAUCAAAAGCGAAAAGAGAAGCGCCAAAGGAGAAAGAAGAUCAAAACCGCCACCUCGUUCCAAGAUCCCACCAUGGCAUCAGUGAUCCGAGGACUCGAGGAUGAUUUACAUAGUGUAGAUGGAGAAAACGAGCCCAUAAGCCGGGUUCCGACGCCCGUCACACCCUCCAAUUUUCCCGCUAGUAAUUUAGUGGGAAAAGUGUAUCAACAACGAGGAAGUGGAUUUACGCGAACCCAUCCGGUAAAACUGGGUCAAAGUACCGCUACAUUGGCCACAACUUCAUCUGCCAAAGGUCUCUCGGCCACAGAACAAACGCCCCUGGACUUUGGAUUGGACUUUCAAAAGAUGUUUCGAUCCAUAGGGGUGUUUUCUCACGGGUUUCUCGCUGGAUUGGGGUUUUGGCAACUGGUCACAGUUUACGUUCUAUCGGGGGAAGACAUAUCCGUCCUGGACUUUAUCGAUUUGUAUGCUCCCUUGGCUCAGCCAUUUCACUUUACAUUUUAUUUCUUGACCGUGAUCUGUAUGCUCUCCAUUUUAGACAGGUACGAUAUUGCCCAAAUCACUUGGAGUCAAUUGCAACAACUCUUCACCCUCAAAUCUGGAGGCAUUGCCAUUUUCGUAUAUGCCUCGACUUUGAUCAUCACUCUGACUAAUGUCACAUUGGACGAUCGUCUGAGCCUUCAUCGGGUCAAUGUAACCUACCUAGAAAGCCUAGAGUACAAGGAGCACGAGUCCACUUUCUCCACGUGGAACAUUCUCAAUCUUUGCCGUUGCUUGGGCGCAAUCCUCGGGUGGAUUCUGGUUGCCUUGCGACCUUCCACUGAUUUGUUGCACAAACAUUUGCGGACAUUACAGAAGUUCCGAAAACUUCCCAAAUCGCGAACUCAAACACCGACUAUCUCAAUGUCGAACCUCACUCUCCAGCACAACAUUGAACGAGAUGGUCCAAAGCUAGCAUAAUCGCCUUUUAGAGGUCCCCGACAAAUGAAAAACUGCUCCAUAAACGGUGCUUGUGAAUCGAAUUAUAUCAAGGCCAUCAAAGCGCAAAAGAAAGCCAAGAAACAAUAUUUCAGGGCAAAAGCCAUUUCAAACUUAAUAUAUUUCAUUGGGGUGUCUUUCAGAUUUGAUAUAUGUCAAUUUGAUAGUCCAGGCGUGUUUAAGACUCUGAACUUCCGCCAUAUUGGGUAGCAUAACCGAAAGUUUAUCUUGGUUCUGUUGAAAGCUAACUUUGGCAUCGGUUCCGAGCAUCGUCAUCUUGGUUUGAACGGUGGCCACAGGAUGUGUCAGAUCUGAAAUCGGCGAAAUGUAUUGACACUUUGAAGAAAAAUCACAAAAUGUAUCGGUUAUUACUUAAAACGUUCGAAAUGGGCCAUUGAAAGAAGAUGGCAUAAAUGGCAUCUUCAGUUGACGAUGCUGUGUAGUAAACGUGGUUGGUCUCGUUGUGGAAGGUCCACUUUUUGGAACUGUAAAUCUGUGACGAAAUCGACGUUGUCGAAUCAAUUGUAUCUUUCGCAAAAGACAAUAUACCUAUCUACGCAAAUCAUACCGCUUCUCCAUUGUGUUUCAACCAUCCACCCAUUUGAUAAAGACGCUCUUGUAGAAUGGGAGGAAUCACCCCUUCUUUCGUUGGCCCAACGUUGAUGAGAAUGUUCCCGCCAUUGGAUAUGGUUUGAGCCAA